AGGAGAGUGGCAGCUGCAUUGGGAACCUGAUUAGAACAGAACAUGUAAAGACAGUUUGUGAUGGACAAUAUUUACAUAAUUUCCAAAAUAAAAAUGGUGCCAUGCCUAUCACAAAUCUAAUGGCAGGUGACAGAAUUAUUUUAAGUGGAGAAGAGAGAACAUUGUUUGCUUUGUCUAGGGGGUACAUGAAGGAGAUUAACAUGACAACUGUAACCUGUUUAUUAGACAGGAACUUGUCAGGACUCCCAGAAUCAACUUUGUUCAGAUUGGACCAGGAAGAAAAACAUUGUGAUAUAGAUACCCCAUUAGGAAAUCUUUCUAAACUGAUGGAAAAUACUUAUGCCAGCCAAAAACUUCGAGAUUUAAUCAUUGACUUUCGCGAACCACAGUUUAUAUCCUACCUCAGUUCUGUUCUUCCACAUGAUGCAAAGGACACAGUUGCCUGCAUUCUAAAAGGUUUGAAUAAGCCUCAAAGGCAAGCCAUGAAAAAGGUACUUCUUUCAAAAGACUACACCCUCAUCGUGGGUAUGCCUGGAACAGGAAAAACAACUACCAUAUGUACUCUUGUAAGAAUUCUCUAUGCCUGUGGUUUUAGUGUUUUAUUGACCAGCUAUACACACUCGGCUGUUGACAAUAUUCUUUUGAAGUUAGCAAAGUUUAAAAUUGGAUUUUUGCGCUUGGGUCAGACUCAGAAGGUACAUCCAGAUAUCCAGAAGUUUACAGAGGAGGAUAUUUGCAGAUCAAAAUCCAUUAGAUCCUUAGCUCUUCUAGAAGAACUCUACAAUAGUCAAGUGUAUAGUGAUAUACAAUGUGAGAAUGUCUCAACUUCCCCUUCAUUCCUGAAGCUUAUAGUUGCAACAACAUGUAUGGGAGUAAACCAUCCCAUAUUUUCUCGUAAAACUUUUGAUUUUUGUAUAGUGGAUGAAGCCUCUCAAAUUAGCCAACCAAUUUGCCUAGGGCCACUUUUUUUUUCGCGGAGAUUUGUGUUGGUGGGGGAUCAUCAGCAGCUUCCUCCCCUGGUACUAAACUGCGAAGCAAGAGCUCUUGGCAUGAGUGAAAGCUUAUUCAAGAGGCUGGAACAGAAUAAGAAUGCUGUCGUACAGUUAACCGUGCAGUACAGAAUGAACAGUAAAAUUAUGUCCUUAAGUAAUAAACUGACAUACGAAGGAAAGCUGGAGUGUGGAUCAGACAAAGUGGCCAAUGCAGUGAUAAACCUACCUAACUUUAAAGAUGUAAAGCUGGAACUGGAGUUUUAUGCUGAUUAUUCUGAAAAUCCUUGGCUGGUUGAAGUUUUCGAGCCAAAAAAUCCUGUUUGUUUUCUUAACACAGACAAGGAGAACAUGAAAGUCUUUGUCAUAUAUUGGGUGAUUUUCAAAGAAGAUAAAGCACUGUUUUCCUUGCUUUUUCCAAACCAUCAUGAUCUUCUCUGUUGCCUAUUUAUAAUCCGGAUAUGCUGUAAAAUCAGUGCCUGGUUACAAUGUGAAGAUAACUUUUAUCCCAAGGCUACAAAAGACCCUACAGCUGUAGAGAGAGCAAACUUGUUAAACAUGGCUAAACUCAGUAUUAAAGGACUCAUUGAAUCUGCUCUAAGCUUUGGCCGCACUUUGGAUUCUGAUUAUCCCCCUUUGCAGCAGUUCUUCGUUGUAAUGGAACAUUGUCUGAAACAUGGUCUUAAAGUAAGAAAAUCAUUUUUGAGUUAUAACAAAACUAUAUGGGGCCCUUUGGAACUGGUGGAGAAGCUGUACCCAGAAGCAGAGGAAAUAGGAGCUAGUGUCCGGGAUUUACCUGGUCUUAAGACCCCCCUGGGUCGUGCAAGAGCGUGGCUUCGAUUAGCCCUCAUGCAAAAAAAAAUGGCUGACUACCUGCGUUGCUUAAUUAUUCAAAGGGAUCUCUUGAGUGAAUUCUAUGAGUAUCAUGCACUAAUGAUGGAAGAAGAAGGAGCAGUAAUUGUUGGGCUGCUGGUUGGCCUGAAUGUGAUAGACGCUAAUCUGUGUGUAAAGGGAGAGGAUUUAGACUCACAAGUUGGAGUGAUUGAUUUUUCUAUGUAUUUAAAGAAUGAAGACGAUAUUGGAAAUAAAGAAAGGAAUGUUCAAAUUGCUGCCAUAUUAGACCAGAAGAAUUAUGUUGAAGAAUUAAAUAGACAACUGAACAGCACAGUCAGCAGUCUCCAUUCAAGAGUUGACUCUUUAGAAAAGUCAAAUACUAAGCUGAUUGAAGAGUUAGCAAUAGCAAAGAAUAAUAUCAUUAAACUCCAAGAAGAAAAUCAUCAACUACGAAGUGAAAAUAAAUUGAUUUUAAUGAAAACACAGCAGCACCUAGAAGUUACCAAAGUAGAUGUGGAAACUGAGCUUCAAACAUAUAAGCAUUCUAGGCAGGGGCUAGAUGAAAUGUACAAUGAAGCCAGAAGGCAGCUUCGAGAUGAAUCUCAGUUAAGACAAGAUGUGGAGAAUGAGCUGGCGGUACAAGUUAGUAUGAAACAUGAGAUUGAACUUGCCAUGAAGUUGUUGGAGAAAGAUAUCCAUGAGAAACAAGAUACGCUGAUAGGCCUUCGACAACAACUAGAGGAAGUUAAAGCAAUUAACAUAGAGAUGUAUCAAAAGUUGCAGGGUUCUGAAGCUGAUUUGAAAGAAAAAAAUGAAAUAAUUGCCCGACUAGAAGAAAAAACCAAUAAAAUUACUGCCGCCAUGAGGCAGCUGGAACAAAGAUUGCAGCAAGCAGAGAAGGCGCAAAUGGACACUGAAGAUGAGGACAAGAAAUAUCUACAAGAAUGCCAGAGUAAAUUUGACGGUCUGCAGAAACAAAUCUCCCAAAAGGAGAAACAGCUGGUGCAACUGGAAACUGAUCUGAAGAUUGAGAAGGAAUGGAGGCAAACUUUGCAAGAAGAUCUUCAAAAGGAGAAAGACACCUUAUCUCAUCUUAGAAAUGAGACCCAACAAAUCAUUAGUCUUAAAAAAGAGUUCCUUCACCUCCAGGAUGAAAAUCACCAGUUGAAAAAAAUAUAUCACGAACAGGAGCAAGCUCUUCAAGAACUUGGCAACAAACUUAGCGAAUCAAAACUUAAAAUAGAAGAUAUAAAAGAAGCCAACAAAGCAUUGCAGGGACUGGUUUGGUUGAAAGACAAAGAAGCAACACAUUGUAAACUUUGUGAAAAGGAAUUCUCACUCUCUAAGAGAAAGGUAAGGGAGAUAGGAAGUGAGUCCAGUUAUGUUGCAAAUAUGGCUAAUUUUACUCAAUUUUUUUCUCUGAUUUUUCCAUUUAAUAGCACCACUGUAGAAACUGUGGGGAAAUUUUCUGUAAUGCUUGCUCUGACAACGAACUGCCUUUGCCUUCUUCACCAAAGCCAGUACGGGUUUGUGAUUCCUGUCACGCAUUACUGAUUCAAAGAUGCUCAUCUAACUUGCCCUAAUACUCCAGAACUAAAUUCUUAUGUAUGAAAAGUACCUACGAUGAAUGCUAUGUAUGAAUGUGUAUACAGCGUAUUCAGACAGUCCUUAAGCAGCUUUCAGACAGCAUUGGUACCAGUUUUACUUUCCACAUAUUCAACUCACGGGAAUUAUAAAUUGUAUAAUUUGACACUUCCUUCCCCACUGUAAUUCAGAAUUUGAUAGGGCAUGCUUUACAGUAACUUUAUCCUAAUUCCUGAUGUAGUAAUCAUGUAACUCUUUUCUUAAUGCCAUUGAGAGGUCAGAUAGCAUAGCUAACACAUUUGCCUUAUUUUGUAAAGACCUUAAAAAUAGGGCUUCAGAUUGUUUUAUUCUCCAGAUUGUCAAACUGAUAUUUGAUGGUGCCUGUAAUUUUCUUAAUGCACUUUAAAGCUUCACAGUUCUGAAAGAUCGGAAAUGCACAUUUUAGAAGUAUUUAUAUUUCAACACAUUUUUCAUUACCUUGGUAAGAUUUCAACAAUAUUUAUUUGCUCUGCCUUCCUCUGCCCAUUUUGCAUUAGAAAAGGCCUUCCUUUUCUAAAAAGUCAAUGUGACAUUUGCUGAUAACUUUCAGAUAACAGCGCGUUACAGAGGUAUUAUUUUGCCUGAAAACUUUUUAUUUUGAAAGUUAAAAUUCCAUAUGCAGGGCUUCCCUGGUGGCACAGUGGUUGAGAGUCCACCUGCCGAUGCAGGGGACACGGGUUCGUGCCCCGGUAUGGGAGGAUCCAACAUGCCACGGAGCGGCUGGGCCCGUGGGCCAUGGCCGCUGAGCCUGCGCGUCCGGAGCCUGUGCUCCACAACGGGAGAGGCCACAACAGUGAGUCCCGCUUACUGGGGGGAAAAAAAAAUUCCAUAUGCAUUUCUUAGGGAGGACUCAUAUCCCCUUUGAAAGUCAAAACAUAAAUAAACCCUUCCCCAGAAAAAAAUGUAGCAGGGAUUACAGGCUACUGAUUUGAUUCUCCCCUAAGCAUUUAAAAAGAAAUCUAAAAUGCAAUAAUAAAACUUUGCUUUUGAUAUGAGUCUUGAGUAAAAAAAUUCUGUAUUGUUUCCAUUCCAUUAACUUUUAGGAAGCAUUACACUGUAGCAGUCUACUACUACAGUAUAUAUACAAAAUAAAAUACUUACCAUUUACUGAGCACCUCCAAGCCAGGGCCUAAAGAUGUGGUUUCAGCCCUGCCAUUAAAUUCAUACUUGAACUAUUUCAAGCAUGAGAUAAACACUAAUCCCUGCCAUAGCAAGAAUUUAAUCCAGUUACCCUUGUAUGAUUAACCAUUUGAACAGCGUGCUCACCACUUGGGGUUCUACUUUUAAGCCUAAUUUAAAUCAUGCACUUUAAGUCUGAGAACCUUUUAAACAUGUCAUAGGUAUCUACAUUACUCCUAAGAGCAUUAAUGAAUCAUGGCUACCUCCCUCCGGCUAGGAUAUGGUUGCUUAUUCUAUAGGAUUAUUUCCUCAGAGUACAGUCUUCCAUUGAAGUUUAAAAUUAAUUUUCUAAAUUGCCAAAGUAUGAAACCAUUAUUUUACUUUCAGAUUUAUCUUCUCCCUAAUCCAGUUUUCAGUGUUCAGUUACAACUGACAUACCAAUUUAUAGGUGGUCCUUAAUGCUGAUAGGAAUAUGAGACGUGAAUUAUAUUCUUGGAACUAUUUUGUACUGAUGGGAUUGGAUUAACAUUUUUAUGAUUGCUGAAAGUGAGAAUAAGCAAAAAUGAGAAGUUUCAAAUACUGUUUUUUUAUAACUGUGCUUAAAUUUAAAAUGUGAUUUUGUUAAAUUCCAAGGCUGGUUUCAUUCAACAAAUAAACCACGAUUUUUAGUCCCCCUUUAAAUUCUUUGCCACUCAAAACUCAUGUCAUCGCCAUUGAUUUGGGCUUUUUGUAGGCAGGCUUUUAUGACAGUAAUACAAGUUGCUCCAUUUUGUUUUGACUUUUAUCUAGAAACCAUUUUACUAAUUUUGGAUUUUGUUACAGAACUGUCAAUUUGUACUUUGUGAACUUCACAUACCAUUCAUUCCCUCAUCUAGGAGUACUACCACAGUAAUGCUAUCAUGGUGCCAAGGAAUUGAUUGUAAUUCUUCUAUCCAGAGUUUUAAAAUGUGAAUUUUAUAUAAUAAAAGAUUUGAAAAAUUAGCCCACUUUAGAAGGCGUACGUUUUAAUAGGGUAAUCCUGGGGAAAUAAAAGCACGUCAUCUUUUUUAAAAAAGUGGUAUGAGCCUAGUACUUAAAUAGGUAAUUAAGGGAGUACAGGCAGUAAGAUGAAUCAUUGCUCCAGCUGAUAGGCUCCACUUAUGUUAUCAAGCUGCCUUCUCUAACAAGCAGAAAUGAUUCCUUAGUCACUCUUUCUAAUCUUCAAUUAGACAUAGUACCUUCUACCAAUUUGAUUUAUAAUCAGUAACUGACACAAAGCAUUCUAGGA